UAAUCGUCGUAGUAUUAUCUGAACUGUAUAAAUUAGAAGUAAUAUAAUUAUUUAUUACAAUGUUUAAAAUGAUUUUAUUGCGAUGUUUAAUAUUAUUUAUGAGUUAUUUGUGUUUGCAAUUAAAUAUUGUUUAUGGAUACAAUAUAAAAGUCAAUCAGGCUAGACCAAAUAGUCCACGAGUCUGCAUCAUAGGCGCAGGCAUAGCGGGUCUUACUUCUUCUAAAUAUUUGAAAGAUGAAGGAAUAAACUUCACCGUUCUCGAAUCCACCAGAUACAUUGGCGGUACGUGGAGAUAUGACCCCAGAGUGGGAAAGGAUGAAAACGGUUUACCUUUACACACAAGCAUGUAUAUGCAUUUAAGAACAAACUUACCAAAACCAACAAUGGAACUGCGUGGAUUUCCUGUGCCAACAGAAAUGCAAUCCUUCCCUAGCUGGAACGUAUAUUAUGAGUACAUAAAGGCCUAUGCGACUCAUUUUGAUUUGCACAAACAUAUAAAGUUUCUGCAUUACGUAACAUCAGUAAAACGGGUAGGGAAUGUGUGGAAAGUGAAACACAGACAUAUACUAAAAGGCGAGGAGUUCGAGGAAGACUACGACUUUGUUAUAGUUGGGACAGGCCAUUUCAGUAAACCUAAUAUGCCAGAAAUUCCACAUGAAAAACUUUUUAAAGGAACAAUAAUCCACAGCCACGACUACAGAGUACCUGACGUGUUCACCAACCGUCAUGUCCUGGUCGUCGGUGCGGGUCCUUCUGGAAUGGACAUCGCUUUAGAUGUAGCAAAAUAUUCGAAAACCCUCGUCCACAGCCACCAUUCCAAGGUGAACUUUAGAACGAAUUUCCCGGACCACUAUAUCAGGAAGCCCGAUAUCAAGGAAUUUAACGAAACCGGAGUUAUUUUUGUUGAUGGUACCUAUGAGGAGAUUGAUGACGUUAUAUAUUGUACUGGAUACGAAUAUGACUAUCCAUUUCUGGAUAAAUCAUGUGGCCUAGCGAUCGAUAAGCACAGUGUUAUCCCCCUGCACAAAUACAUGGUGAACAUAAAUGAACCAAGUAUGGUGGUAAUGGGACUGGUUAUACGAGCAUGUCUUGUAGUCGCAAUAGACGCCCAGGCCCGCUAUGCAACAGCCUUGAUAAAAGGGAAUUUCACUUUGCCUUCUAAGGAAGAAAUGAUGAGUGAAUGGCAAAAGCAGGCAGACAUUAUUCGUUCUAAAGGACGACCAAUUUCUGAUAUUCAUUUCUUGGCAGAGAAAGAGGACCAAUAUUAUGAAGAAAUGUCUGAAGAAUCAGGCAUAGAUCGAGUUCCUCCUGUCAUGUUUAAAAUACGCACGAUGGACACCGAAGCAAAGCUCGAAAACCUUUACACCUACAGGAACUACGUGUACGAAGUCUUAGACAGAAAUACUUUCACAAGGCGCCUUGAGUCAGAAAUGAAGCCCGCGAACAAUAGUGCCUUACCUUAAUUUAGACUAUAAAUAUGAGUUCCAAUGACAUAUUCAUCGGUAUUUUAGUUUCUAUCUAUUAUAAUCUAGACGUUUUUGAUUUAUGUGGAAAGGCUUUUGCGAAAUCUUCUCAAAAGAGUGCAAAAUAAAAACAGAGAAAAGG